CAUCGACAUCAUCAUAUACUACAGUAUAAACUACUGUAAGUCGAGCCUAAGCUUAUCGCGAUGCAGAACUCUGACUGCUCUGUUUGCUCAGAUCAGGGUGCCGGAGAAUUUUACCGUGUAAAAUUGAAGUUUUCUACCAUUGCUUAAACAAAGGGCGUGUUUAGCACCCAAUAGGAGAGGAUUGAGUGUACCUGCAGGGCUUCCAUGCCAUUCUAUUAUUAGCUAUGCCAAAGUCUCGAGCUCUGCCACCGUCUCGUCUGGAGCGGAUUGGGCAGCCACGGUGGUGUUUGACUUCGACCCUCUUUCAUCUCUCCUCUCUUUCUCUCUCUCUCUCAAGUCUUAACCAGAGCAAGAAGCAGGCUUCGCCAUGGCUUGCUGUUAAGAACUCAGGAGCAAGGGGCUUUGAUGAUGGUGGAGAGGGAGAAAGAUGAGGGAGAAGCAAUGGCCGUGAACGGGCCAGGGAAGGAAGAAGCAGAAGCUGCAGCGGCACCGGCAGCGACAGGAGAGAAGGGAGAGGGGGAGAGGAAUGACGGAGAAAGAGACGAAGGCGAGGAGCGGAAGGAGGAAGAAGAGGCGGAGGAGAAGAAAGACAAAGUGGAGCCGGAAGAGUGGUCCGAGAUAAGGCUGGCGAUCGCGGAGCUGUCCCCGAUCAGCCGGCGCGGCGGCAAGCUGUGCUCCUCGCCUCCCACGCUGCCCUUCCUCGGCCUCUCCCACCUCCUCCUCCGGCUCCUCGAUAAGAUUGGUCCGACAAUGGCAGUGCUGCGGCUCGACGUCCAACGGAACAUCGAGAGGCUGCAGGAGCUAUACUUGCAGGACCCAUCCAAAUACUCCAUUCUGACGGCGAUGGUCGAGAAAGAGGCUGACGACGGCACCGUGAGGAAGGCCGAUAGCUGUGCAAGAGCUAUUCUAUGGCUCACUAGAUCCAUGGAUUUCACUGUUGCACUGUUACAGAGACUGGAGGAGGAGGAGAAGGAGGAGGGUUCUGAUCAGCAGAGUCUUGCACAGCUCGUAGAAGCUGCGUACAUGGUCUCUCUCAAGCCAUGGCAUGGCUGGAUUUCUUCCGCGGCAUGCAAGAUCGCAUUGAAGCUCAUCCCUGAGAGGGCGAUCUUCGUCGGCUGGCUCAUGGGGGAAAACCAGAGCUACAGCCUCCUCAAGGUCGAGAUUGAGAAGCUCGUCCAGCUGCUCCAGCCCUUUCUCGACGACAUCCAUUCCAUGCUGGCCAAGUUCAGAUUGGACAGGCUGAAGUCGACCUGAGGGCGAAGGCUAAGAUGGUCUCAGUAUCCAAAUUCCACUUCUGUGAAUACCCCUUGGUUUGUAUGUGUACAUGUUUCUCUUUUUUGAGCUGCCCGUGGUCGUGCGCCUCACUCUGUAAAUAGGUCUUCAUGUAGGGUAGGACUAAGAUUUGUAGCGCUCCUUGCGGGCAGCCGGGUACGAGUUCUGCCCAGUCAAUGUACUUGACCAUCUUUCUAGCUUCAGUCAAUUGCACUUGCCACCGUUGAACUGGACACUAA